AUGCCAUCAACAGCCCCCCCCCGCCAACGCCUCUCCCUCCUCACAAACUCAACCCUCGGCCACGACGUAAGCGCCGCCUUCAAAGCCUCCCCCUCCGCCCCUUCCUCCCGCACAGGCGCCAUUGUCGUGGGCGAAACACCUGCGCCGCCGCCGUCGCCGGUCGAGUACGCGUUUGCGUCGCCGAGUACGACGUGUUCUUCUGGGUAUGAGUCGGGGGGUAGCGCACAAUCUGGUAGAUGA